AUGGCGUACUUGAGUGACCGAUCCUCGUCCACCAACUCCUCCUCCUCGCUGUUGUACCGUCGUGCGGAGGAGGGGGAAGUGGAGGCCCUCGCCCCGCAUUUUGAGCUCACCACGAUUGGGCAUGAGCUGGAGGAGUCCAUUAUUUCCAUGGACUCCCAGUGCAACGUCAUGGCACUGCUAGGGGAAAAAGGCAGACUGGUGGUGCGAGACAUGGAACAGGAUGUCACACCUCUGACGGCCGUCAUCCGCAAUCCGUACCGGGUGUUUCUUGACCCCACAGGCGCCCACACACUUGUCGCUGCAACGGAUGGGGAGAUGCAUUACUUUUCCUCGCGACAACGCAAGGUGUCGGGUCAUUUUCAACUGCAGCAUCGCAGUGGGACCUGGGACGGAGCAACGACGGCACCCCCACCGCCGCUUCUGACGACCAGCAACAAUGUUGCUGAGUGUGUCUGCUGGCUGCCUGUUGCGAGGACGGAGGAGACAAACCAAACAGCAAUGAAAUUGCAUUGCCUCGUUGGCACCAAACUUGGGGGGUUUGUUUUUGAAGUGAAGAUCGAGGUGAGUGGAGAUGGUGGGGUUAAGCCUGCAUGUCGGCAAUGCUUGCAACUUCCUGCAUGUGGCUUUCAAAGCCCUGUGGCCUCCAUUGAAGUUGAACAGGUGAAUGGUCUCUGGCUGAUUUUUUUUGCAACAGCUACAAUGUUGUACCGUGCGGAGGGCGAGGCGUAUUGCCCGACGGAUCUUAUUGAUAAGGUGGCUAAGGAUCCCACUUUAUUACAUAUCCGUGAGUCUAACGACACCUCUGACCUCUCAGCCCGCGGGACUGUUGUGUUGUACCGGCCCGGCACAGGUAUGCCGGCACAGUCCUACGCAUGGACCAGUACAACAGGUGUUGUUCAUGGACUAAUGAACCGUUGUAUCGAUCACGAUCUCUCUAGCAGUGAGAUGGCAAUCUUUGGAUGGAGUGGUGCGUCCGCGGUGGUGAACGAGCAACUUCUUGCACUGACGAAGGUAAGACAGUCCACGCAUGACGCGGGGACCUCUGCUGCUUCCCCCUCCUCCUCAAGUAGCCAUGCGCUUCCGCAGACGAGAAUGCCGAUGGAAGUGGCACUGACAGCGUUUCAUAUGAUACUGCUCUACAACGAUCGUAUUGUUGUAUUAAAUCACCCUCCAGGGCUCACCUGGAGAGCCGCAUCCUCGACAUUACUCGGGGAUGCACCGUACGCCUGCGAGAUUGAGGAACGCAUACGAUUUGAUUCUUUUCACGCUUCAAGGAAACCUCCAGAGUUGCGUGGAAUUGUGCGAGACACGGCGGCACGCAAGAUUUACAUUUUUGGGAAAAAUCUUUUGUGGGAGCUUCAGGUGGAACAGGAGCAUCGGCAGCAGUGGUGGGUGUUUCUUCAUCGAGCCAUGAAUCGCAGCGAGUCUCUCCCGUUGCGAAAACGUUUUUUUCAGGCUGCCUAUAACCUUUGCAAAUAUCGGUCGUCCAACAAAAAUAUUGUUCAGCUGCUUCGGGGAAAGUUUCUGCUUCAGAUUGGGGCGGUGCAAUACGCCACGGAUUUUUUGGCCGACUGCGACCGCUUUGAGGACAUCUAUGAUCUUUUGGUUUCCCUGCGCAACAGCAAGGUUCUGCGGCUGUACGUGGAGAAGCGUUACAAGCUGUUGGUCAAGUAUGCCGUGAAUAGCGCUGUGAUGGAAACCCAACUGGCCUGCCUGCUCAUCCUCAUUCUGAUGCAGCGACUGAAUGGCAUUACACAAAGUGAGGCGAGUGAGAAAACUAGCGUUGCCGCCAUUACGAGUCUAAACGCAAUUCUUAAACAAACCAUAAAAGAAAGACCGAGGUUGUUUGAACGCAGUUCAUACAGUGAACUUGUUGCCAGGCUGUUGGAGGGACAAGGGCGGACUGAACUUGCCUUUGGCUUUGCGGCAAGGCUUAAAAAGAUUCACUACCUCGUGACCCACCACAUCUCGUACGGAGAGUACACGCAGGCAGCGGAUGUGCUUGCAAUGUUCGCACGUCGCCCCGACACUCUUGAAAUGUGGUAUCAGUUUGCGCCGCUUCUCAUUAAAAAAUGCCCGAUACGACUUACCACAGCUAUGCUUCGCGUCGUGGCCCACGACCCGCAGGGCGGCACUUACAUGCUACUACAACUGGAGCGACUCAUUCCAGUGUUUAUUCAGUACUCCCCGCAGAUGAACGAGGACCCAUGUAAUGGCGAACAUCAAGUCAUCAGUUUCUUGGAGCAUUGCAUCACAAAAUUUGACUGUGUCUCAACGGUUGUGCAUGACUACUAUCUGAGUCUUUUGGCGCACAACGAUGGAGAGCGACUUGAGGAGUUUCUUGAGUCAUCCCUCUUCUACAGUGUUGAUUUUGCCCUGCGACGCUGCCUGGAGGCUCGCAGAUACCGGCAAUGCGUUGGGCUUUAUCGCCGGUUACAUCUUUACGAAGAUGCCAUACGUACAGCCUUGGAAUGUUCUGAGCCGACACAUGGCGAGGAUAAAGAGUGGCCUGCUCUGCGUGUUGCUAAGGAUCUACUUCGAUCGCUUCCCGAGCCCUUGGAAGCCUCGAAGGAAAAGAAGCUCUGGCUUAUUGUGGCACAGUCUGCGUUAGAGAAGGGUAAUCCUCGUAUGGCGCUUAGUGUUGUGGAGGAUUCUGGUGAUGUACUGAAGCUUGAAGACAUUCUGGGUGAUAUCAGUGAUAGCCUUGUUUUGCAGGAGUUUAAGGAACCUAUAUGUAAGAGCCUAGACGCGUACGCCUCCUCUAUUGCCGCGUUGAGGGAUCAGCAGCUGGAGGCAACACAACAGUCCGAAAGCCUAAAGCAAGAAAUUGCAGAACUACAGUGUCGCUUUGGAUACAUCCCAGCGCGGCAACGGUGUAUGUUGUGUGAUCAGCUUCUUUUACGAGGAUCCACACCAUACUUGAUUUAUCCUAAUUGCCAGCAUGCAUUACAUGAGGCCUGUGCCGUGUCAAAGCUGGAGAAGAUUGGCGGGCUAGAGGCUUUUUUUGCAGAUGAAGGAUUGCCGAGACAGUUUCUUGAGGGCGUGACAUCUACAAAGGAAUUGGCACAAAUGGAAUGUGUUCUAUGCGGUGAGGCGUCGAUUCUUGAAAUGGAAACCCCGCUCUUUGUUGAGGAUGACUCCUGGUCUGUGGCGUAG